CCGGAUUCAACUUUCAAUCCGGCUUAGGAGAUCGGAUUGGAAAAAGAAAUGAUUGGAAGAUUCCCAUUCCACUUGGGAAUUAGAAUCAAAAUGAGACUCUCGCAUACCAAAUAUUCACAAACAGAUUUACCCAUUCCGAUUCCGAUUCGUGAAAAAAAAUGAACCAAACUAGCCCUAGGACUUUUGCAGGGAUAACUUAUAAAAGUUGAGCUUUACAGGAAUGUAUCUGCAAUUCAUCAUGUUUGUAGAAACGUAUAUGCAAUUAACCCGUCGGUUAAUACCCAUCACUAUUCACUAAGAAGGGAAACAAAAUUGAGGAGUCUUUUUCAAAUUCUCUUAUUAUUGAGGGGCCUCCGUGCAUUUUUACCUGCGUACGACACCCUCUUCAUCUCCUCAUGUUGUCUCUCACCGCGCCCCCAAAAACCCUCCAAACCCUCAACAAUGGCGACCGUCUCCCUCCUCUGCCUCUCCCCACAACUGCACCACCCCCUCCUCCUCCGAAGCCCUAACCCUAACCCUAACUUCCUCCUUCCCUACCAAUCCCCCAACGGCCGAUCCUUGAUCCCCCUCAAAUCAACGCCCAGGACCAUCAUCUCCUCUUCCUUCUCCUCCUCCCCCGUCCCCGCCUCCGAUCGCCUCCUCUCUGCCCUCGCCUACUCCCUCCCCCUCCUCAACUCCCUCCACUACGGCCGCUUCCUCCUCGCCCGCUCCGUCGCCUUCUUCGCCCUCUACCUCGGUGUCGCCCGGAACCCUAGCCUCGCCCGCUUCGUCCGCUUCAACGCCAUGCAGGCCGUGGUCCUCGACGUGCUCCUCGCCCUCCCCGCCCUCGCCCACCGCGUCCUCGGCGGCGCCGCGCCCGCGCGCGGGCUCGGGUUCCGCGCCCUCGUGCUCGGGUACGACAUCAUCUUCGUCGCCGCCGCCGCGUCCUUUUUGUACAGCGUUCUCAGCUGCGUUCUCGGCCGCACGCCCUAUCUUCCGCUCGUAGCCUCCGCCGCCGACCGGCAGCUGUAAAGUUUCAGGUACAAAGAGAGAAGAGGAAGAGACUUCGAGAGAUUAGAGUUGGAAUUGUAUGCGAUUUUAACUCUGUAAGUAUGUUAAUCUUGUUAAAUUUAUUGCUGUUGUUGUUGUUGUUGUGGCAAAAAGAUAGUUUCAUAUGCAAGUUGGUAUUAUUGCUUCUCUUGAAGAAAUGAUCAAGUUUUGUUGUUCUUUGUUCCCUUUUAGAAGCUGGAAUUUUGAUCUUCUUUGUUCCCUUUUAGAAGCAGAAAUUUUCUUUUAAGGUUGAGUUAAGAGUUAAGACUUGAUUUCGGAGUUCGAAUCAUGGUUGAGGAGUUUAUACUCCCUUUUCACUAAUAUGGAUGUGAUUGUUGGUUGUUCA